AUGGAGGCUGGAAUGUUGUGCUGCCCAAGACAAAGGCAAGUCCUAUUUCUCUUUAUGUUUGGGGGAGUAUCCUUAGCAGGUUCUGGGUUUGGACAAUAUUCUGUGACAGAGGAAACAGAGAGAGGAUCAUUUGUGGUUAAUCUGGCAAAGGAUCUGGGGCUAGGGAACCAGGAAUUGGUUUCAAGGGGAGCCCGGGUGGUCUCUGAUAACAAACAACACUUGCUCCUGGAUCCUCAUUCUGGAGAUUUGCUCACAAAUGAGAAACUGGACCGGGAAAAGCUGUGUGGCCUCACAGAGCCCUGUUUGCUGUAUUUCCAAAUUUUAAUGGAUAACCCCUUUCAGAUUUACCGGGCUGAGCUGAGGGUCAGGGACAUAAAUGAUCAUUCACCAAUGUUUCGGGACAAAGAGACGGUCUUAAAAAUAUUAGAAAAUACAGCUGAAGGGACAGCAUUUCGACUAGAAAGAGCAGAGGAUUCAGAUGGAGGACUUAACGGUAUACAAAGCUACAUUAUCAACCCGAACCCUUUUUUCCAUAUUAAAAUUAGUGACAGUGAUGAAGGCAUGAUAUAUCCAGAACUAGUAUUGGAUAAGGCACUGGACCGGGAGAAGCAGCACGAACUCAGUUUAACACUCACGGCACUGGAUGGUGGGUCUCCACCCAGGUCUGGGACCACCACAAUACGAAUUGUGAUCCUGGACAUCAAUGAUAAUGCUCCCCAGUUUUCUCAGACAAUGUAUGAGACCCAGGCCCCAGAAAACAGCCCAGUAGGGUCCCUUAUUGCAAAAGUCUCUGCAGGAGAUAUAGAUUCUGGAAUCAAUGCAGACAUAUCCUAUUCAUUUUUUGAUGCUUCUGAAGAUAUUCGAGAAACCUUUCAAAUCAAUCCUUUUUCUGGAGAAAUUGUCCUCAUAGUGUUGCUUGAUUAUGAGCUAGUAAAGUCUUACAAAAUAAAUAUACAGGCAAUGGAUGGAGGGGGUCUUGCUGCAACAUGUACCGUUUUGGUGGAAGUAUUAGAUAUCAAUGACAAUCCCCCUGAACUGAUCAUGUCAUCACUUUCCAACCAUGUCGCUGAGAACUCUCCUGAGACGGUACUGGCUGUUUUUAGAAUUAAAGACAGAGACUCUGGAGAAAAUGGAAAAAUGCACUGCUACAUUCAAGAUAAUCUGCCAUUCCUUCUGAAACCCUCUGUGGAAAAUUUUUACAUCCUCAUGACAGAAGGAGGGCUGGACAGGGAAAGUCAACCCGAGUACAACAUCACCAUCACAGUCACCGAUUUAGGGACCCCCAGGCUGAAAACGCAGCACAACAUAACCGUGACGGUCUCCGACGUCAACGACAACGCGCCCGCCUUCAGCCAAACCACCUACACCCUGCGCGUCCGCGAGAACAACAGCCCCGCCCUGCACAUCGGCAGCGUGAGCGCCACGGACAGGGACUCGGGCGCCAACGCCCAGGUCACCUACUCGCUGCUGCCGCCCGCGGACCCGCAGCUGCCCCUGGCCUCCCUGGUGUCCAUCAACGCGGACAACGGGCAGCUGUUCGCGCUCAGGUCCCUGGAUUACGAGGCGCUGCAGGCGUUCGAGUUCGGCGUGCGCGCGGCCGACCGCGGCUCGCCCGCGCUCAGCAGCCAGGCGCGGGUGCGCGUGCUGGUGCUGGACGACAACGACAACGCGCCCUUCGUGCUGUACCCGCCGCAGAACGGCUCUGCGCCCUGCACCGAGCUGGUGCCCAGGGCGGCCGAGGCGGGCUACCUGGUGACCAAGGUGGUGGCGGUGGACGGCGACUCGGGCCAGAACGCCUGGCUGUCGUACCAGCUGCUCAAGGCCACGGAGCCCGGGCUGUUCGGCGUGUGGGCGCACAACGGCGAGGUGCGCACGGCCCGGCUGCUGAGCGAGCGCGACGCCGUCAAGCACAGGCUGGUGGUGCUGGUCAAGGACAAUGGCGAGCCGCCGCGCUCGGCCAGCGUCACGCUGCACGUGCUGCUGGUGGACGGCUUCUCGCAGCCCUACCUGCCGCUCCCGGAGGUGGCGGCGGCCGAGGCGCGGGCAGACCCGCUCACCGUCUACUUGGUCGUGGCCUUGGCGUCCGUGUCGUCGCUCUUCCUGUUCUCGGUGCUGGUGUUCGUGGCGGUGCGGCUGUGCAGGCGGAGCCGGGCGGCGUCUGCGGGUCGCUGCUCGGGGCCCGAGGGCCACUUUCCGGGCCACCUGGUGGACGUCAGCGGCGCGGGGACGCUGUCGCAGAGCUACCAGUAUGAGUUUGUCCAAUUUCAUAUCCUCUGAGAAGACUCUCAAAGUGACUCAUGUAUACUUUCCCUUUGCAUUACAACCGAAAGAAGGCCAAGUAAUGAUGCAAUCUUCUUUCAGGUUUUCAGUCUUCUCA